CCCUGACUAUCCUGGCAGCUAUGUAGAGCGUGCGGCUGCGGAGCGGUACACUCCCUGUAACCAGAGUGUUUAGCAGUAACACCGUGACUAUAGUAACAGAUGUAAUAUGUGUGAGAAAUACUGAGCGGUUACAUCGGAGACAAUGUGGCGAUGAAGCUGAUGCUUAUAGAUAAAGUACAUUUAUAUCAGGAUCCUAUGCUGACCGCAUUCCCUGCCUGAUCCAGGAAAGGAACAUGUCCUCCACACACUUCUCUUCAGGGGAGACUCUUCAGGCUGGAAAGCCUGUACAAAGGUCCACAGCAGGCGCACACCUUUCCAUUGGCCCAGGGAAUCAUGGAAAGAUGUUAUUAAAAGGAGAUAGCCUGAAUGAGCUCCAGUCCCAUGGUUCAAGUAGGAGGCCUUCAGGAAAUGAGCAGAAACUGGUGAAGCUUCAGGAGGAAAAUUACAAGCUUAAACAAGAACUUGAAGAUCUGAGAUUUCAGUAUAAGCAGCUGAUAGACGUAGGUAAGAAUGAAUGCUUGGAUGAACGACGCGUCAAUCUUUUGAAGUCCCAGGUGUUACAGUUGGAAAGACAGGUGAUGCUGCUGACAGAAGGACUAAGCUCCAGAGCAUCUGUGUCACUGGAACUUGGCAAUGCACUGCAAGCUGUUCUUGAUAGGCUCCAAUGUUUACUUACCAGUGAAAACCGUACACCAGAAGUACAAAUCACCAGAGUAGAUUUAAUAAGGAUGAUUGAAAUAUGCCAAUCAAUGCAGGACAAGCUACGUCGCAAUUAUCAGGAAACAAGUGUAGAAAAGCUUGCUCUACCAUGGAUGAUGUCAGGAAGACCAGCAACAAAAAACGAGGUGACAUUGUUGGAUCUCUGCUUCGGAAAAGCUGACAAUCUUAACCUUCUGUAUGUGAGUGCUCUUGAAGGAAAACUCAGCACAUUGUUCAGACACCUGCAUGCAACAAGACAAACACUGAGCCUCAUUUUAGCCCCAGGAACAGAGUCCCCAGAGUCGGCUCAUCAUAUACUACCGACUGUUAUGUAUUCCAGGUUAAUAAAUCAUUUGACAAGAUGCACUGAGUCUUUGGAGGAAUGUUGCAGAGAUUUGCUCACAAUGACACUUAUUGUACCAUCUGCACCUUGGGCAAAAAUGGAGUGUUCCGUGAGCCAGGAGUUUACAGUGGAGAAUGUGCUUGCAGCACUGCCGGCGUUUCCCAGAGGUGCUCCCCAGCAGAGGGCGAAAAGAGCGGCAGAAGCAUUAGUGAAAGCGGCCAAUUAUUCCAAGCUAAUGGCAAUGCAACAGAACCAAGCUCUGGAAGCUGAACUUGAUUUCCACAGGGGUCUUUACAGCUUACAAGUCCAGUACACGCAAGCUCUUUUCCAAGGAAUAAAGCAAGCCUAUCAUCAUUUUCAAGAAAAUGUUGUUGCAGUUGUUUGUUCUCCACUUAAAGAUGUCCUUUCCUCCUAUGCUGACCUCAAAACAGAAGCUUCGGAAACAGCUCUGAGAAACUUCUUAACAAUUUUUAAGAACAAUGUGGAACAGAUCCAGGAUGCAGUUGACACGUUGACUCCAUCAAAUACACAGCAAAAUGAAGGACCACUGCAGCAACUUGAAAGGCAAACUCACUGCUGGAACCUGCUGAAGAAUGUGAACAUGCACCUGCAGAGGAAGAGGAAGACACCAUCAUAAAUCUUUGGUUUAUGGACAGCUGUGCCCCACCUGUGUCAGCAGAAAGCCAAGCUUGGGAGCAGCCUGACCGUGAGGACAAUCCUCCCCACCAAAUGACCUUAUAAAUGACAUGGCAGCUGCUGUGCAGAGUUUAGGAUCAUACAAACAGGAUUCAUGCAGACCAAAAUCAACAGUUGAGCCACAUUUAUCAACAGGAGGGCCUCAUGGAAAGUCAGUGAGAUCAUUAUUUUUAGCAUUAAAACCUAUUAAGAGAAAUGUCUAAACAUUGCUCUGAAUACUGUAUAUUCCCUUUAUUUUCAGCUAAAACAAAUUAUGGGAAUAUACAAUUUUCGAGGGCAUUUAGCACUAAGUAAAGUUACAGUAAUUAGACAGAUUAGAGGGAUAAUUUGAUCUCUGAUCUUGUUGUGUGGUCAUUCACUUUCUAAACUGAUAUUGCCAGUAGACAAGGAUUAUCUGCUGCUAAUUACUGUGCCCCAAGUUAAUAUGAAGCAUCUGGGAAAGGCUGAAUUUUUAACACACAAUAUGCUCCAUUUACAUAACACACAAGCUGCUUUGUAAAAGACUUUUGCCAACUUUCAUACAGAGAAAGAAUAAAACGCUUUCAGAAUUCAUUUCUUUGACGGUGGGACAUGUGAACUGUCCCUGGAAACAGUUUUGUAUAGUUGUCACUUUUAGUACACAGCAUCUGUUAUGGCAGCAGAUCUAAAACCAAAAUAUUAUUGCAGUCUUUGAGAUAUUUCUCAUUUCAGACACAUGUUUAAC